UGUAAGCUGGCAACACUGCUCGAAAGAGAAUAAGUUCAUAUUUUUUUGUAAAAGAAAUAAAAUAAAGCGGAGCUAGUUACUAUUACUAAAUAUUGAAGGAAACAACCCGCCCGCCGAAUUGGAAUGUUUGCCCUACGACACCUGCGACUUCACGGCAUGCGGCCUUUCCGCAGCUCUUACGCGGCACCGGCAACAAUAAAACACAUGCUGCCCAGGCGACCAUCUGAACCGGCGCGUGUUCUGAUUGUAGAUUGGAGUCCCGCGGGGCGAUUGCCACAGCUGCACGAUCUGUGCGCGAGGAGCCUGGCAACCGCCCCCUCGUCUGUAACGGCACCCGAGAAACCUAGGACGCCGCUGGAAAAGCUGGUGGCCGCUGCCAAACCCUACGCGCAGCUCAUGCGGAUAGACAGACCCAUCGGCACCUACCUGCUAUUCUGGCCUUGCGCCUGGAGCAUAGCACUCAGCGCGGACGCGGGCUGCUGGCCGGACCUGACCAUGUUGGGCCUAUUCGGGACUGGAGCUCUGAUUAUGCGCGGAGCCGGCUGCACUAUCAACGAUCUCUGGGACAAGGACAUCGACGCCAAGGUGGAGCGCACCAGGACGCGUCCUCUGGCCUCCGGGCAGAUCAGCCAAUUUGAUGCCAUUGUGUUUCUCUCUGCCCAGCUCAGCCUCGGACUCCUCGUGCUCGUCCAGCUCAACUGGCAGUCAAUUCUGCUGGGCGCCAGUUCACUGGGUCUGGUGGUCACGUAUCCGCUUAUGAAGCGAGUUACCUACUGGCCACAGCUAGUCCUGGGCAUGGCCUUCAACUGGGGCGCCCUGCUGGGCUGGUGCGCCACCCAGGGCAGUGUCAGUCUGGCUGCCUGCCUGCCGCUCUACCUCUCCGGCGUAUGCUGGACCAUAGUGUACGAUACGAUAUACGCGCACCAGGACAAGCUGGACGACCUGCAGAUAGGAGUCAAGUCGACUGCUUUGAGAUUUGGCGAGAACACCAAGGCAUGGCUAUCCGGAUUCACGGCAGCAAUGAUAUGCGGGCUCUCCGCCGCAGGCUGGGCCUGCGACCAAACGCUGCCCUACUACGCAUCUGUUGGAAUUGUAGGCGCCCAUCUAGUGCAGCAGAUCUACUCUCUGAAUAUUGACAAUCCCAGAGACUGCGCCAAGAAGUUUUUAUCAAACCAUCAAGUAGGACUCAUUCUGUUCCUGGGCAUUGUCUUGGGCACUCUCCUGAAGUCGGAGGAAACAAAGAAGCAACGGAAAUCAUCCACAUUGACGACAAGCUCCUAUGUUUCGCUGCCACAGAAGCCAGAGGUCAUAAGCUGAGACAACACAUAAAACUAUCGGAAUAUAAAAUAAUGUUAGUUAAUUUUACCGCGCGCUCUUCGUUUUUAAACCAAAGCUUGUAGUUAAGGUGAUUGUAAAUAGGCAUCUGACAUCUUGAAUCACUUGUAAUAUAUUUAGUUACGAAACGGU